GCCCGAGACGCGUCAGGCGUGGGUGAGGAACCUAAGGGCAUUCGGAGGCUGUCCUUUCCGCCCGGCUGUGGGGAGACGCUGGGAACUUCGCUGACUGUCGGUCCGCGACUGUUUAUGAAGAGACAGGUCCAGGGAGGGAAGUACCGUGGGCCAAGGUCACACACCAGAUCAGGAGCACAACGAUGGAUGGGGUCCAGGGCUCCUGAUGUACCAGCUGGGCUUCUGUGCCAGUGUCCUGUGCCCCACGCCCACCCUGCUUCAGAAGAUUUUAAGUCCUGACAGAGCCUUGUGGAGGCCCGUCCUGGCAGGCUCCUGGGAUUCGAAGCCGUUAGACCCCACAUGGAAUCCAGUGCCUCGUGUCCAGCUGCUGCACCCUUGGUGAAGAAGCAGUUCCAUGUUCUCGUGGGUGUCACUGGGAGCGUUGCAGCCCUGAAAUUGCCUCUUCUGGUGUCUAGGCUUUUGGACAUUCCUGGCCUGGAAGUAGCAGUGGUCACAACUGAGAGAGCCAAACAUUUCUACAGCCCCCAGGACAUUCCUGUCCCUCUCUACAGCGACGCUGAUGAAUGGGAGAUGUGGAAGUGCCGAUCCGACCCUGUUCUCCACAUUGACCUGCGGAGGUGGGCCGACCUCAUGCUGGUGGCUCCUCUUGAUGCCAACACCCUGGGGAAGGUGGCCAGUGGCAUAUGUGACAACUUGCUUACCUGUGUCAUCCGAGCCUGGGACUGCCGCAAACCCCUGCUCUUCUGCCCUGCGAUGAACACCGUCAUGUGGGAGCAUCCCAUCACUGCUCAGCAGCUGGGCCAGCUCAAGGCCUUCGGCUAUGUUGAGAUACCUUGUGUGGCCAAGCAGUUGGUGUGCGGAGACCAAGGUCUGGGGGCCAUGGCCGAGGUGGGCACCAUUGUGGACAAAGUGAAAGAAGUCCUCUUCCAGCAUGGUGGCUCUCAGCAGAGUUGAACCCAGGAUUUCUGUCAUGUGUAUCACUCUGCACCCAGCGUGUUUUCAGGCCAAAUUUAUGAAGAAGGUGGACAUUGGCAUAAUAUGGUGAAGACUCCUGUGUUUACUGGGGGGUCUGGCCUGGGCCUGCUCCAGAGCCUCCCUGGGGGCCUGACUGGCCUCAGGUUCAAUGAGACCAAAGGCCCAGGCCCCAACUUCUUUCCAGCUGAGAGAUGCCUGCUUUCUAAGACCCUCCUUACCUUUCCCUGGGAUUGGCACAGCAGGCUACUGUACGUCCCUGUGCUCUGGGAGGGGGACUGAGGGAUGACGGAGAAACCUUGAUUCUCCCUGGUGCCUGGGAGCCGCUUCAGCUCCUUGGUGGGCUGCCCGGGCACUGUGCAGUCAGGGCAGCCUGUGAUUGGUAAGACACUGAGAGUCUCCAUAAACCAUGCGGUGAGAUCGGUGGGGCGAGGGGGUUGCUGACUGGGGAAUAAAGAGUGACCUUUAGGAGUCUGUGUCCUUCCUUUACCUCUGUCUGUGGUCUCGGAGAUCAGGGGCAUUGCUUGGUGUGGCUGGGGAAGGGUCAGGGCUGACAACGGACUGGCGUGUCUUCCUGCCAAGCUCAUAUGGGCGGUUGAGGACUCAGAAGCCCGACAGACCCUAGUUGAAAUCCCAGCUCUGCCAUGUGCUAGCAGUGGGACCAUGGCUCAGGGCUCAGCCUUUCUGACUCUGGCUUUCCGCAUCUCGGUUAUCCUGCCCUCAUGGAGUUGAGAGGAUUAAACGAGGUUAUGUGUACAAGAUACCCACCUCCCUGCCUCUUACAUAGUAAAUGUCAACUAAAGGGAAGUUAAAGCCAAAUACAUAUCUUACCAGUGAGCUUUGCUUAACAUUUACUGAAACAGAUCCUCUCAUUUUGGGAGAAGUAAAAUCCCCAGCCCUAAGCUGACGGGGCCUUUAUGCAAAUGACAGCCACACAGCCGGCAGGGUUGGAACCUGUCCUUGCUUCCUGAUGUCCUCAUCAGCUUUGCUGCACCUGAGACUGGGACCUGGGUGUCUUGUGCCUCCCCUUCAACCCCACCCUGUGGCACACAGGAGUGUGGGAAGUAGACUCCAGAGAGAAACAUGUUCUGCCCUAGAAAACCCCACCACCCUGUCUCUGACCUCACGGCUGCCCGGUGGCUACAUCGGGGAGGGGCUUGUGUGCCUAUUUGGAGCUGAGGUUGGGGCUGGCUUCCUGCCUGCCAGGCCUGGGGGGUGUGUGGGCACUCCAUGCAUGCCCCUGAACCCCUGAGGGUAGAGAUUAACCUUUGAGGGGCACCAGUAAGCCUCCUGGCUGGGACCAGGGCUUCCAAACCUCCACGAGCCUUUAUUUUGACUUAAUCAGGUGACCCUUUGGGAUAAAAUAAUCCGAGGUCAAUAAAGAAAAUCCACUUCAAAGCGUAGCAUCGCACACCAACCUCUUUGGCAGGUUUGAAGUUGGGGGAUGGGGAGGGCCUGGAUAGCUGAAAUCCAGAGACAAUCCCAAAGUCGUUCUUACAGUGGUUCCCAGCAUCCCUGGUGUCCACAUUGCCCUUUCUUUCCCUCAGCAACCUAUUAAUGAGUAUUGAGGCUCUCCAGGUUUAACAAACUGCUACCAUUUACUGAGUGCUUACUGUAUGCAAAACCUUGUGCUGGGCACUUCAGGGAAGACAGCUGCCCAGCAGACCUGCUGCACGAUGCCGGUUCUUGAGGGCUAUAGGAGCAGAGAGGCUGAUAGGCCUCUCGCUGGCACAUCUGCAGGCAGCUGUGGCUUCUCAGAGGGGGACCAGGGAGGUUGUUGGCUGGAAGGAGAGAUGUCCCCCGUGGAUGUGGGCCAGCUGGAGGCUCCAUCCCUGGGGUGUGCCACUCUGUCACAGCAAUCCUGUAUCCCCGUUGCACAUUUUGAACUGGGGUCUGGAUGAAUGGGCUGGUGCUGGGCCUGAAGAGCCUGGGUGUCCCCUGAGUCCCUGACGCUGGAGUUGAGAGAACAGCGUCAGGCUGCUCCUGCCUGGCCCUAGCUGCAGAGGAAUGAGGGGCACAGCUCGCCCCACCAAGAGUCAGAGCUCUGAAAGUGGUCGGCAUAGAAGUUAGAAGUAUUUCUCAGAGAAGAUGCUAGUUUCUCUCAUUACUUUUAUUGAAUUCUGGAAGUUUGACAAAACUGAACAUUUGGGUCUGAAACUCACACUCUCUCUCGUUCGGCAGUCUGGAGCCUCUCUGGGCUGCUGUGGCUACUGCGGAGUGAGAGGCGCAAGUCUCCAAGCCAGGGCCUGGCCCCACACUGGGCUGCGUCUAGCUCUUCUGUGAUCCUGUGAUUUCUCCCCACUGCCUCAGGGUAAGGCCCUGACUCCUGGGCCGUACUCAACUUGGCCCUCCAUGAACCGGCCCCUGCCUACCUUUCCAGCUCCACCCCUGUUACAUGCCACCAUGCAAGGCUCCCCAUCCCCUUGCCCGACUGGGCAGCCUUGACAGAGCCCUGUUGCUUCUUACCUUUGCACCUGCUGCCGCUUGGCCUGGCUGACCCCUGUUCUUCAUCUGGCUGACUCCAGGUUAUGUACUCAUGCCUCGGAUAUACCUGGGUGCCACCUCUUUUGGAAAGCCUUUCCUGGCUGGCUCAGGCUAGAUCGAGUGGUCCUUGCCCAGUUUCCCAUGGUGCCCCCUCUUCUUUAUUAUAACACAGAAUUGCAGUUGCCUGUUUGCUUUGUAAACAGGGAUCUCCUGGAGGACAGGAGUUGGCCUGUUCCUCACAAAGCCUGGUAUGCCAUUCCAAGCUUGAACUGACAAAAAAAAAGAUGUGUGUGUGUGUGUGGUGGGGGGAGGAGGGGCAGUCCUCCUUUCUGAGCAAGACACACAACCUAGGAGCUGUAAAAGCAAAGACUGAUAAAUUUGCCUACAGAAAAAUAAACAAUUCCACCUAGCAAUAGCCCAAAGGCAAGGUCAAAAAACAAACAUAAGUGGGAAAUUAUCGGCAGCUCAUGUAACAAAGGACUAAUUCCUCUAAGAUAUAAAGAGCUAUACGUUGAUUCCCAAAAGACCAAGAAUACAAAAGAAAAGUGAGCAGAGGAUAAAAAGAUCAAGUCCACGUGUUUAUCCGCAUGCACACACACAAAUGCACACCCGCCACAAGGCUCUUAAACGUGAAAAGCUACUCAACCACAUUCACAGGGAGAGUGACGCAAAGCAGACUGCACCCCCGCGGAGGUUUCUGUCUGUUAGAUUGGUGAGGGCCAGGGGACUGGCACCUGCUACCUCAAUAGCAGGUCUGCAGGUUUGCUACAACCUCGCUGGAGAACAAUCUGGAAAUAUCCAUCAAAAUCAUGUAUGUCCUUUGCUCUUUCACCCAGCAAUUCUACUUCCAGGGAUUAGUCCCACAAAAAGGCUGGCAUAUAGGACAUUAUGUCUGAAUAAGGCUGUUUAUUACAGCAUCGUACAAGCUGGUAAAAGGCUCGGAACACCCUCACUAUCUCACAACUGGAGACCGGUUGCAUCAGUUACGGUUGCCCCUACACAGGGACACCAGGCAGCCACAAGAUGAGAGUGAGGAAGCCGUCUAGGUGCCCCAUGGGAUGCCGUCCAAGACAACAUUGCUAAACAGAAAAUGCGAGACGCAGAACAAUGUCUGUUGCAUGUUAGCUUGUGUGCAAAACAAGUGAGGGGCGGAAAGGAGGCUGUGUUCCCAUUGGCUUGCAGGUGCAUCGAACACCUAUGGAAAAAUAAACAAGAAACCAGUCAGUCCAUUGUUUGGCACUUGGCAGCAAAUGGUGGAGAAAGGUGGGAGGUUGAGAGAGGUGGGAGACCAUCUUAAGUUGUGAGGCAGAUGAGUCUAUUAACCACACAGGCAGUAAAUACACACAUUUUAAAAAGGGUUCCUUUUGUCCUUCAUCCAGAAGUUCCUAAAAAUGACUUGGCAGAGAGUUAAUGCAAAAGGCUUGGCAGGGGCAUCUGGAGUAAGAAUGGGUCUGUUUUUCCUGUCAUGAGCUCAUAGAGGACCCUGGAUGCUCCUUAGAAUCCUGAGACCCCUGAUUUCAAGCAGCUUAUGGUCUUAUGGGAAGAAAACCCAAGGCCUUAAAACAAUCAAAUUACCAUGAGAAUUGAACGUGAGACUGUGUGGUACAGACUCAGUGUGUGGCUCAGAAUUGAGAAGUAGGAAGGCUGGGCCUGUUGAAGGGUGCAGAGCUCACGCCCAUGCUUCCUGGAGGGCGAGUGAAGGGACAAGAGGACAGGAAGGCUGGAGACGUGCUGCCUGUGCUUGAUGUGGGACACCUGGAUAGGAACUUGGGCUUCAGGGGCUAAGGACCUGGGGAGGUUCAGAAGGGGAGCGAGGAGAAUGGGGAGUGUGACAGAGGUCAGCUGUGUGGUUCCCAGGACAGACUGGAGGACUGAGACGCUGGAGUUGGGGAGGAAGCCACACUAAGCAGGGGAAGCGAGGCUGUGCUGAAGGCCUUGGCCAGACCUGGGGAGGAAGGGGGUGUAAAAGUGAGUGACGAUAUGACAAAAAUCCAGGAUUAGAAAGCGUAAGAACAACUGUCCUGUGGCUGGAGGGUGUGGGGCUGGGUUGGAGGGGGGCACUUAAUGACAACUGUGUGUGUGUUGCCUCAAGAUUUAUUACCAGUCCCUUGUGCCACCCACUAAAAAGAAUUUUGCUUUGCUUACCACAGUUUUUUUUCCCUCAGGAUUGUUUAGUCUGCCCUCAUGGUUCCUGGGCAUUCUGUGGUGUGGAAGUAGGAAAAACAGACGGAGCCAACAGAACUGAGGAGAUGGGAAGAGGGGGCAGGGAGUCUUGCUUUUUGUGUUGUGUCUCCUUUGUGAGGUAAAUUCUGGUACUGGGCGAAGGGGGAGAGAAAUUAAAGCCCAGAACAGAGACUCCAUGAACUCCGUAAGGAAGAGUGGAGAGAGGCCUGAGUGGAGGGGGUGGCAGCAGAGCCUGGGAGUUGGGGUACAGUUUGAGAGCUGGCUUCACAGUUUUCGAGCUG